AUGAACACCGCGUGUCAUUUUAGAUACAUAUUACCGUACCUAAGAAAGUAUGGGAAGAAUCCGGUCACCGGCGAGCCUUUGCAUUCUAAUUCCUUGAUUAAGUUGAAUUUCUACAAAAACAAAGAAGGCGACUAUCAUUGUCCAGUCACCUACCGUGUGUUCACGAACAACAGUCAUGUAAUCGCCAUUCGAACAACGGGCAACGUCUAUUCAUAUGACGCUGUUGAAGAACUGAAUCUGAAAACGAAACAUAUGAAAGAUUUGUUGACCGAUGAUCCGUUCGUGAAAAGCGACAUAAUUACUUUGCAGGAUCCGUACAACCUUGAGAAGUUUAACAUAUCAACAUUUGAUCACGUGAAAAAGAAACUCUUCAAACUUAAGUCAGAAGAAGAUGAAGAACCGAAAGGAUCAGAGACAAGCAGCAGCAGAGUUGUGCGCAGUAUGAAUACGGAAACUAAGGAAACGCUGCUGCAGCUGGAGAAAGAUUACCAGGCGCCAGAAAAGAAGGUAGAAAUCAAACCGAAGGCUGACCGAAUUAACGCUGCGUCUUAUUCGACCGGCAUGGUCGCUGCUGGCUUCACGUCAACCGUUAUGGAACCCCUGACCGAACAUGAAGCGGCGAUCAUAGACGAGGAUUCGCUUGUUUACGCCCACGUGAAGAAGAAGGGAUACGUGCGUCUCGUUACUAACUUUGGACCGUUGAACUUGGAACUCUUCUGUAACAUGGUGCCGAGGGCGUGUGAAAAUUUUAUCGUGCAUUGUAAAGAAGGCUACUACCGCAACACCCAUUUUCAUCGCUUGAUCCGUAACUUUGUGGUGAGGAUUCAAGGCGGAGACCCAACAGGAACCGGUAAAGGCGGGGAGUCUAUUUGGCAGAAACCGUUUGUGGAUGAGUUUCGACAAGAGCUGAGUCACAAUACUCGUGGAGUUCUAAGUAUGGCAAAUUCCGGUCCUAAUACGAAUACGUCUCAGUUCUUCCUCACCUUCCGCUCAUGUAAACAACUCGAUCGUAAGCAUACCAUCUUUGGAAAACUUGUAGGAGGCUUUGAGACGCUGAACUUGAUUGAA